UAAUAAGAUGUGAGAACAGGAGGGCGUCCCUUUUUAUCGAGGCGUUGAUUUUCACAGCUCGAGAAGAGCUCGAAGAGGAGAGACGAGGGAACGACGUGUUGAAGCGACAAAACGAGACGUUGAAAGAAACCCUAGGAGAUAUUCGUAGACAGAUGUCGAUGCUCGCUGGCGAAAAUAAGAUUUUGCAAAGUCAGGCGGUUGCGCUGGCCGAGAGCAAAUUCGAGUUGGAGAAGAGCGUGUUCGGACUUGGAAAGGAAAUCGACGACAUCCGUGAUGCGUGUCUCGAGAGUGAACGAAACACGCGAACGCUUCUCGACGAAUCGAGGAAGGAGAACGACCGCUUAAAGGAAGAAUACGAGGAAAAAGUGGAGAAACUUCGGCAAGAGGUCGCACUUUUGUCGGAGAAGAAACGGGACGAAAAGAUCCAGGACACAAGCGGGGAUUCGAUCGUUGGAACGAUCGAGGAUGGGACCGUUUUAAAACCGGAGGAUGAUCCUGUUGCGGAUAUGACGCAGCAAUUGAUCUCGAAUCGCGAGAAGAUCGAGAUGUUGACGCGGCAGAACGAGCGAUUGACGAAAACCCUGUCUCGAUUGCGGAAAUAUCGGUUAACCAGUCAAUCGUAA